AUGGAGAUCAGCCUACUGACGCUGGGGCUGGUGGUGGGCGCCCUGGUGAUGGCGUACCGGUUUUUCACCAAAAACUACUUCUAUUUCGCGAACAAGCCCAUACAGUUUCUGAAGCCCUCGUUCCCGUUCGGUAACCAGGGUGCGCUGAUGAUGGGGAAGGUCACAAUAUUCCAGCACGGCCGCGUGUUGUACGAAGCGUUCCCCAAUGCCAGAGUCUUCGGCAUGUUCCACCUCCGCCAGCCGGUAUACUUAGUGCGGGAUCCGGAAAUGAUCAAACAAAUAACGGUAAAGGAUUUCGACCAUUUUGUCGACCACAUGGCCACCGGUUUGGACGAUAACACUAACGAGGAGAUGUUGCUGCCGAAUUCGCUCAUCUCACUGCGUGGCCAGAAGUGGCGAGAUAUGCGGGCCACCCUCAGCCCGGCGUUCACCGGCAGCAAGAUGCGCAUCAUGUUCGGUCUGAUCGCCGAGUGUGCUCACUCAAUGAUGGCCCACUUCUGCGAGGAAGAAACCAAGGCACGAGCCAACGGCCACGCUGGGCUACAGCUGGAGAUGAAGGACGUGAUGAGCCGGUUCGCUAAUGACGUCAUCGGGACGGCCGCGUUCGGCAUCAAGGU